AUGACUAAUACAAAAGUAGAAAUUGAUCAAUUUAUCGAGCUGGUACGAGAAAACGAAUUGAUUUGGAAAAAGGGACAUGAUGAGCAAAAAAACAAAGGCAAAUGUGAAAGCACGUGGGAAAAAAUUGCAGUCGAAACUGGUUUUGAAGAUGCUAAAGCUGCGAAACAAAAAUGGAAAAAUUUAUGUGAUUAUUAUGGCAGAGUUAAGAAGCCAAAGCCGUCAGGGUCGAAUUAUAAAGAAAUGAAAUGGCCAUAUUUAAAAGCAAUGUCGUUUCUGGAAGAAGAAAGACAAAGUUGUUCUAGGAUCGAUUCGACUGGACAUUCAUCAUCAUCAAUAGAAAAUUUAUUGAAAAUUAAUGUAUCGAUUAAUUCAAGUGAUGAAGAAAAUUAUACUAAAGUUUGA